AUGGGUAUAGAAGUGAAUUGUAUCGUCAAUUCUAAAGAAAGUUCAAUAGAUUUAAUUACUUGUCUCAUUUGUCACGAUAUUCUUUGGAAACCUGUAACUUGUGAAAUAUGUGAAAAUUCCUUCUGCAAUGAUUGUAUAACAUUAUGGUUAGAAAAACAUCCAAGUGUUUGUCCAAAUAAUUGUGAUUAUAAACAACGUCAACGUCCACCACUUCUUCUCGUUCAAUUACUAUCAAAAUUACAAGUCAUUUGCAAAAAUCAACAUACUGGUUGCGAAGAUGUUUUAUCUUAUGAAUCUCUUGAGCAACAUGAACAUGAAUGUGAUUUUCAUAUGGAACAGUGUACUGGUUGUUCUAAAUCAAUGUUGAAGAAAGAACGAAAUAUACAUGAAAAAUUAUGUGAUCAGAUUGAACUUCAAUGUCAUGUAUGUCAAGUAAAAUACAGACGAAUUAAUGGUCAUAAUGAGGUGGAAUGUUUACAAAACUGUUUAGUUCAACUACAAAUCAAAAUUCAAGUACUUGAAGAAAAUGAUAGAAUACAAAAAACAACAUUAGAGAAUUUGAACAAACGACGAAUAAUCCAGUUUGACGAUCUUGUCCCUAAUACAGGACAAGAACACACUGGAUGCAUUAUCUAUAAUUAUGCCAAUUUAAAUUGGGGGAAUUUCAACUAUCUACAUAUUUCCUCUGCAAUUUCACAAGAUCUAAUUAUGCGUAGUGCCAUUGGAAUAUAUCAAAAUGGUUGUCUUCAAACCAAUGCGUUUACACACGGUCAAGCAUAUGUGGCUUCAUGUACUCUUAUUCCACCGGCAUUUUCGACAAUUUCAAGCUCAAACGGAACAUUUAAUAUUCAUUCAUUUUAUACUAAUUCGAUGAAUCUAUGGUCAGUAAUUGUUAUCAAAGGACUGAAAGAUAAGAAUGAGUUAUAUACAAAAGGUGUUUCUCUAACGAACCAUUCAUCAAAAAUUAUUCUUGAAUGGCUCAAUAUUGAUCAAAUUCAGUUUCAUCCAGGACCACCACAAGGACAUGGCAAUGCGCAGAUGCGUAUCAGUCGUUUGAUUCUAUCAUAG